AUGAGUAAGAAAGUCGCCCAGGAGUUUUCCCUAGACCUCCCCCACGUCAUGGCGGUCGAGCUUCCCCUUGUCGUCAACAACACCGACAAGGCAGUCGACAUGCUCGGCGGAAAAGACAAAAUUGCCAAGGUCGUCAACUCCACCAGCAAAUCGAUCGAUGAGAUUCCUGAAGAAACCUUAGAACUAAGACUCCGAAAAGAUCGGUUCCACCACCCCAUCCAGAGUAUCACCAGUACACGAGAGCGGGUGCUCUUGAAGGUCUCGGUCCCCAAAGACAAAUUGCCGGCCGACUACGAAAAGUUGAGUUUGAGAGAUAUUCUUGACGCCAAUGGCCGUCAGUACACCGCCAAACCGGUGGGGAUCAUCAGCAAGACCCAUUCCUUCAAGACCAUGACGGACUUCCAAGCCACCACCAAGAACAACGCCUUGGUCCAGGAAAUCAACGAGAAUUUGAUCAACGUCCAGAGUUAUGACCAAUUGAUCAACUUCUUUGAUCCUGCCCGGUUCAUGAAUAACCAGGACUAUCGCAACCCUGCUGCCUACGACAAUACCGACCACCAGCUCCCACCUCCACCGGUCUUUAGCACUAUCAAGUUCCCAUUUGACUACCAGUACGAGAAAAACCCCAUCAGCAUCACCGUCAAAGACCCUGAAAGUGGAGACUUGAAGGUCAUCAGCAAGAAGAGUACCGUCAAGCUCCAUACCCUCAUGCUCGACUUUAACACCGACGAGAUCCCCAACCAGGCGCCUGACGAGCUCGUCAAAAGCAUGCAAGAGCUCCAGCAGAUGCAGUUGGUGCCCAACACUUAUAACUACGACUUGCUCCGAUGUAUCGAGUACCUUCACGAGCUUCUUGAUGUCAAGCCCAUCUGGUUGAGAAAACACUUGGAGGACGUGGUGCCGUACGAGUUCAAGCGGGUGUUGAAACAGGCAUUGCCGUAUGUGACAUAUAUCUUUAAGAAUGGGCCCUGGCGAUUCUGUAACGUCAAGUAUGCUGUCAAUCCUAAGACAGACACCAAGUUCUGGAUGUACCAGAGCGAGUAUUUCCGGGUGUUUAGCUUGCGGGUCAAGAACCAAACCCUCAGCUCGUCGGAAAAGAUCCUUCCCAGGACCAUUGCCAUGAACAACAAUCGCCGCCUCAAGAUCUCCAGCAGUUUGGUGUUUGAUGGUACCAAAGUUCCCACCACCGUCACGUUCCAGGUGGGAGACAUCAUCGACAAAGAUGUGUUGAAGCUCCUUGAGCGGGCCAACGAAAAGGGACUGCUUGUUCGAGAAGUAUUGGAUUUUCAGGACGGGUGGAUCAAUAAACCCGUCAUUGACACCAUACGAAGACUUUUACGGUAUAAGCUUAACCAAUUGGUGAAGAACGAGUUCAUAGACGAACAGAGAAUUGACAAGAUCCUUGCCAGUGGUACAGGUGAGAAGCUCGAUGACAAAGACGACGACGACGACGAUAUGUUUCAAGAUGCCACUGAAGAUGUUGAGACUCACGCAGAUGAGACUGAGAAAGGGGACCAGCAAUCGUCAGACGAGGAUGGGGAGCUUGAACAAGACACGGUUGUCGGAGACGAAGAAGAAGAUGCUAUGGAUGUUGACCAGCCUACGCAAACAGAAGAUCAGAUUCUUCGGUCCCUUCUGAAGGUUGAUUCGGUGGCUGCGAAAAAGCUCGCCAAUAUCACCGAGUUGAUCAAGCAAGAAGCGUUUAUGUAG